AUGACCAUUGCAAGUGCUCCUCCAAUUCUCGAUUUCUCCGUGUUCUAUGGCAACGACCAAGAAGCAAAGUCAAAAUUGGUCGAUGAUGUACGGAACUGUUGUUUGCAUAACGGAUUUUUCCAAAUCACCGGCCAUAGAGUACCAGCGGACUUACAAGAAGCCGUCUUAGACUGUCUCAAGGACUUUUUUGCACUUCCACAGGCAGCGAAGGAAAAAGUCCUCAAAGACAAAAAUACUUGGAAUAGAGGGUACGAGAGGAUUGGCUCCCAAAUUCUGGAAGCUGGAACAAAUCCUGACCAGAAGGAAGGCUUCUACAUCGGGGAAGAAAUCACGAAGGAUCAUCCUUACUUCAUCCAAAAGAAACUUAACAGUGGACCAAACUUGUGGCCUGACAACGUCAAAGAUGUUCAAAGAUUCAAGUCUGUUUCAAUGGAGUACUAUAACGCGAUGCAUGCCUUAGCCAGGGACAUUCUUUCCAUUAUCGCUCAGACAUUGGAGCUCGAUGCUUCCUAUUUCAAAGAAUUCACUACGGAUGCUGUCGCCACCUUGAGAUACCUCCAUUAUCCCCCGCAAGCACCAGACUCAGACGAGAAACUCUCGAGGGGUAUUGGUGCACACACAGAUUUCGGUUCAGUGACAUUGCUCAUGCAGGACGAUGUGGACGGGCUACAAGUGUAUGAGAAAAGCACAAAUGAAUGGCUUGACGUCGUCCCUAUUAAAGGAGCAUAUGUGGUGAACCUUGGAAAUAUGUUCAUGCGAUGGUCUAACGACAAAUACAUUUCCAAUCUUCACAGAGUCAUAAAUAAAUCCGGCAAGGAGCGAUACUCUAUCCCAUUCUUUUUCAGCGGCAACCCAGACUACAUGAUUGAAUGUCUGCCAAACUGCCGUAAAGACGAUGAAGAGCCAAAGUAUCCUCCUAUCACGGUGGAAGGAGCUGUGGGUGGAAGCUACAAGGCAAGCUAUGGUGCAGCAGAAGCCUUCAAGAUGACGGCCCCUGCGGUCGUUCCAGCUCCACAGGCGAUAACCGCAUAA